CGCCGCGCAGCAACCUGCCCAGGUGAAACCACAGAUGACAGUUCACCAGCUGCAGGUACACCACGGCCACCAAUGCCACCAAUGCCACCGACCACCACACCACUCGAGAUGCGCACAAUCACUCCUGCCCUCCCGAUGCUGCUGCCGGGUGUCCGCACAGUGGAAGAGGAUUGUGGGAGAGACAGUGACACGGACUGUGCUUGGAGAACAGAAAGAAUAUCAGAAAGUGUCAAGUCGCACGCUUGGGGGAUGUGAUCCCUUAAGAAGGGAACCCUAUGACUGCUGUAACCGAGGCGAUUGGGAUACAUCCCAGCUGCAGUGUUCCCAGUGGCGAGCAGAAAGUGACGCAAAUACGACCGGGAGGGAUCCAUGUACACAGUGGGUCAGAAUACCCAUGGAGAGAAUCAUUAGUGAUGCACCGUCCACGCCCGCCUGAGCGGGCCGCACCAGGUCUGUUGGGAGACGGCGUUAUACAAGGUGGGUUUCCUCGGGCAAAGGCCAGGCGGGCUGCAUAUGCGGAGGUGGCACCAAGCAACGGGGAAGCCCCCAGGACCAUGGCGCCAUUGUCAAGAUCCCAAUGCUUGUUACGGACGCUGAUAUUCAAGCUAUACCCGGCGUCGAGGCCUACGGGGUGGUCCUCAAGGCGGUGGCCAUGGAUGGAGGGCUUUGACGAUGAAGGGCUGGCACAGUCGGAGGUCCAGGUCAUUAUUGAGAUUGGCUCAGGGAAGGAGUCCUAAAAUUGAUGGCACGGGCCUGUGCAUGCUGAAUAGAGUGAACAAAGUGUCAGCCGUGCUCUAGACGACGGCGAAAGCAAUCGUGUCAAAAUGGCUGUUUAAUGCGUUG